AUGAAGCAGAAAAAUGCAGCCCAGGGAUCAGAAAAGGCCUCAGUCCGGUCAAUUAAACCUUGGAGUGACCAGGAAAUCCAGAGUUUCCUGCAAGAAUGGGAAUUUCUUGAACGUGAAGUGUACAGGGUGAAGAAGAAGUAUCACGUAGUAUCAAAAACAAUUGCCCAGCGUCUCAAGCAGAGAGGUAUGAAGAAGAGCUGGCAGGAAUGUCUCCAGAUGCUAAUAAGCUUGCAGGACUUAUACUUCACUAUUCAGGAGGGCAACCAGAGGCCAAGGUGCCUACCCUUGCCGUGUCCUUAUGGCGAGGCCCUGCACAGGAUUCUGGGAUACAGAUGGAAAAUCAGCGUCUUCUCAGGUCCUCCCUGUGCCGAUGCGGUUGACCUUGCACCUCCCGAGCACCAGCCCCAGGCCUGUGGUGUUCCCAUAGCCAUUCAGGAGCCGACGUGGGUCCCGACACCUGUGAUCUAUGUGGAAAAUCCUCCAGUACCCGAAUGGGAGCCCUGGAACACGAAUGGUCAUGCUCCAUAUAUGUAUCCUGCUUUUCCCCCAGCAUCCCCCCCAGGCCCCCUACCACAGUGGGCCAUCUCUACUGACUGAUCCAGAUCUUGAAGACAAUUAGAAUCUGGAUCCUGAUUCUUCAGAAAGACUGAAAAGUAGCACAAUCUGUGUGUGUUAGUGCAUGACUCCUUCCUCUCCUCACCUGGUACAAUGAAAAUAAAUGUGAAAUAAAUGAAUGACCGUGACCUC